AAGCAUGAUACGUUAUUCUAUGAAUUUUCCCUCUGUUUACUUUCUUCUAAACAAACAUAUCGGUAUGAGUUGUAUUUGUCGUCUCUAACGAUGAAUUUAUUUGUGUGUAAGCAGUUGCAAAUUAGAUGUUAGCAGGUUGAUUUUAAUAGUCUUGACAAUUAGAAUCAAACAUACACCAAUACUUACAUAAUUCUGUGUAUAUUCCAUAGUUUAAUGAGUCAACUUGUUGCUAUAGUUCAUCUUCAAUACGAAAUAGUAUAAAUGUCAUCCACUCGGUUUAUAGCAAUAGCUACACUUGCUCUUGGUUUUAUUGCAAGCGUGGUGGCUCUCUGUACUCCUUAUUGGCUUGCUUCUGAUCGUCGUUAUUAUGGUGAUGAAUUUGAUAAGUUAGGUCUUUGGAAAACAUGCCUUCGUAGUUUUAAGCAUCCCAAUGAUUUUCAAAAUUACAAAUAUUAUGUUGGUUGUCGAUGGGUUUUCUCAUAUGAAUAUGCCGAUGGUGAAAAUGACUUACGAGAUUUCCUAUUACCUGCUUUUUUCGUCGCCACCCAAACAUUGUACACUCUUGGUUUUGUAUUCCUGUUGUUGGCAGCUAUUGGUGUUUUAGCGAUUCAAUUAUGCUUUGUGAUAGACAAAGAGAUGUAUGCCAUGAAAGCUUUAUCUAUAAUUAUGUUUCUCUCAGCUCUAUUCUGUACCACCGCUUGUAUAAUUUUUGGUAUAAAAGGAGAUGAUAGAGAUUGGAUGCCCGAUCCAGAACAUAAUUAUUUAUCUUGGUCAUUUGCUUUAGCAGUUGUUGGAUGCUUCUUCCAAUGGGUAUCUUCAAUCUUAUUUUGGGUUGAAAAUCGUAUUCUAAUCAAAAAGGAAGCCAAAAAGCACUCUAAUUCGUUUACUUUGGAGCCAACGUCAGUCAAACAUUGAUCAAAUACAUUGAUCAUAUUUUUUAUACCUUCAAAAAUUCGACUAUUGAUCUGAAUUGCAUUUCACAUUCAUGCUACAACUAUCAUUCAAAAUAUUUCAUCAGGCAUCAGAAAACUACGUUUAAGAAAGCUACAAAUACAACAUUCCAUGUUUACAACGGAAUUGAAUCCAUCCAAUCUCAUAAAAGAAUCUCAUAAUAUGUUAACUAUGUUAACACAUCUCUCAAGUUGCCUAUCUCAAAACAAUCUUUGACUAAAAAGUGCUGGAAAUCUUAAAUUAUGAAAUUGUCCAUUCCUAUUGACAAUCGCCUCAAUCUCACACAUACAACUACACACAAAUAUUGAACUAAACCGUCCAUUUGCUUAUUUAACUAUAAAUUAAUUGCUACAAUAUUGUACAAUGCUUGUCCAACAAAGAUGCUUAUGUGACAUUUUCUUGUUAUUAAACUUUUAUUUGAUAAAAAGAAA